AUGAAGAGAAAGUAUGAUCAAGAGGGACUGAACUCGAUUAGACAGCUCUUUGCAGACAGGUAUCUGGUGCGAUACAUCAUGCGGAAGGUCAAGGAGAUACAUAUACGUAUUGAUGGCCAACGGGCACCUUGGCAUUACUCUUGGCGAGACAUGACCACUCGCAGGUCAGUGAUCGGCUUCACGCUUGCUUGCGGCUACUUUGACACCUAUGUGCGGGUAAUCGAUCGUUGGAUUGCCAAUGGAGCGUCCCUCCCCGACCAGCUCCUGCCAUACCGGACGGGCUAUCACUUCCUCCAACAGCUGGUCUACUGCAACAUCUUAAAGGCACUAUCAUACGGAUCACUCACCGUUGCUCAGUUGACGAUGCUGUGCGAUCGCUACGACCUCCAUGUCGACAUGGACACAGCAGACCAACAAAGUGAGCGCUUCACCAACGAGCUCUACAAUCCAAACUUCGACGAGAUACCGGAGCGCAUUGAUGUUACAUAUUUCAUCAAUACCUGCAGUCUUGAUAUGUUCCGCUUCAUCUUUGCACUUUAUGCAUCGAGGCACACUCUAGACCAGAAUGCCGAGUUUGUCAAAGGAUGCAUCAUUUAUGCCCAGCAAUAUGGACGCGCAGACAUCAUUGCCGUUCUGGCUGAAGAAUACAGUCUCUCGGAUCCUGCUGUCAAACCACCUGCGACUGAGAGCGAGAUGUUACUCAACUCGCUCAACAGCAACAAUGUCGAGCAAAUCAAGAACUUGUUCGCGGAUCGCAAGCAUGGCGCCAUGAAACCGAACCAGCUUGUGGAGCAAACAACGAGUAACAGCCAACACCUUAUCAUGCUCGUUCAGCUGUUGCCCGAGAUUGGCGUAGAUAUUGGCAGCGCUCCUCUCUCGGGAUUGGCCUACCAUCUUGUAAACAGCGCCGCCAAACAUGGCCAUAUCGAGGUGAUAGAUUAUAUUCGGCAGCUACCCGAGUCCUGGCCAACACAUCGCCACUUACAUACUCCGUCACCAAUGGUGCAGGCAGCCGAGAACGGCCAUCUCCAGCUCGUGCGAUAUCUUCACGAACACAUUCCCGAAUGCAGGGGGGUCACUCAGCCCUCGUUCAGCGUAUGCAGCGGCUCAAUGGCAAUGGUCAAAUGGUUCGUGGAACACGACUUGCCGCUGCGCAAGCCAACACCUAUCGAAUGGAUGAGCGCAUUCACCAAUGCUCUCAACGUGAAUCGAGACAAUAUCCUUGCGUAUCUCUGUGGCCUCGACAUAACUCUUCCUGACGACGUAGUGGAAUCUUUACGCAAUUAUGUCUUUGAAAGCAGACAUAGUCAUGGCGCACUCUCCACACUCUUUGACCGCUUUCCCUCCCUGCUGCCUCCCUCCACUGAGCACCUCUAUAUCAUGUGCAAACGGGCUAACUAUGUUUUGCUCCAACUUGUGUUGGCUCGCACAGCGGUGAUUGGCUCAUCGCCAUCAAUGUUGUUUGGAAGUCUCGACAAGGACAACCAACUUCUCAUUCAUGCCGUGUCCGGCGACAGUCUAGACAUUGUGACGUGUAUUUGCGAGCACCACCCUCGGUUGGAGCUCCAGGUGGACCCGUUUCUAAUUUACCAAGCUGCCGUCCAUGGCAACAUGUCGCUGAUUCAUUACCUUCGUCAGGUCUUCCCCAACGUUGGAUGCCUGUCCUUCUCAAUGGACGAAAUCAAGAUCAUGAUGGGGAAGGACAUCAACAUCUUCACCUACCUCUCGGAAAAUCGUCAUAUCCUGGUCCCUCGAGAACCAAGGGAUAACCGUAGAUUCAAUAAUACGGAUCGAAAGGGUCCCAGACUUUUGUGCGAUGACUUUCAUGACCUUGGCGAGGUCAAUGAAUCGCUCGAUUGGAUUAUAAAGUGA